AUGUUUAACUCACAGGCUCUAGAUUUUCCUGCCGUGAUUUUUGACAAUGGAUCUGGGCUCUGUAAGGCAGGACUGUCUGGGGAGAUUGGACCUCGUCAUGUCACCAGCUCCAUUGUGGGGUACCCAAAGUUCAAGAUGCCCCCAAUGGGAGCCAAUCAGAAGAAGUAUUUUGUUGGAGAGGAAGCCCUCUACAAACAGGAAGCCCUGCGCCUGCAUUCCCCCAUCGAGCGGGGUCUGGUCACAAGCUGGGAUGAUAUGGAGAAGCUCUGGAGACAUCUCUUCGAAUGGGAACUGGGUGUGAAGCCCAGUGAACGACCAGUGCUCAUGACGGAGCCCUCCCUGAACCCGAGGGAGAAUCGGGAGAAGACGGCGGAGAUGAUGUUUGAGACCUUCGAAGCACCCGCCUUCUAUCUCUCAGACCAGGCUGUGCUGGCGCUCUAUGCCUCUGCCUGUGUCACAGGUCUGGUGGUGGACAGUGGGGAUGGGGUCACCUGCACUGUCCCUGUCUUUGAGGGCUACUCCUUGCCUCAUGCAGUCAGCAAACUUUAUGUGGCUGGCAGAGACAUCACAGAGCUCCUUACCCGGCUCCUCCUGGCCAGCAGAAGGGCCUUUCCAUGCCCACUGGAGAAGGCCCUGGUAGAUGACAUCAAGGAGAAACUGUGCUACGUGGCCCUGGAGCCUGAGGAGGAACUCUCUCGGCGGGAGGAAGACAUCUUGAGGGAGUACAAACUGCCCGAUGGGAAUGUCAUCUACAUCGGAGACCAGCUGUACCAGGCUCCUGAGGUCCUGUUCUCUCCAGACCAUCCGGGCACCCAUGGCCCAGGGCUGGCGCAGAUGGCAUCCAACAGCAUAGCCAAGUGUGAUGCUGAUAUACAGAAGACCCUCUAUGGGGAGAUUGUCCUGUCAGGGGGCUCCACGUUGUUUCAGGGGCUGGACGACAGGCUCCUGAGGGAGCUGGAGCAGCUGGCUUCCAAGGGAAUCCCCAUCAAGAUCAUGGCACCCCCUGAUCGCUGGUUCUCCACAUGGAUCGGAGCCUCCAUUGUCACCUCUUUGAGCAGCUUUAAGCAGAUGUGGAUCACCGCUGCAGACUUCAAGGAGUUUGGGGCAUCUGUGGUCCAGAGACGGUGCUUCUGA